AUGAGUAAUAAUUCUACCGAUGGUAUUUUGUCGGAGUUUCCAGUAGUGGAUGCUCUUUUGGGCAAUAUAACAGCAACUACUGGCAACUCCUCCUCAGUACAUCUUUUGAGCAAUGUCUCAAUACCUUUGAGCGCGAGUUCAUCCAUUAUCCUGAGUCAAGACCAAUUGGUUCAAGAUAUAACGACAUUGAUACUCAUGUUGCUUGUUACGCUUGUUCCUAUAACUUUAGGUGCAUUCACAACCAUAGCCAAGCCGAAGAAUGCCCAAGAUCCACGCGUUGAUCAAUUAACCAAUGCCAAGUUUGAUCCUCUGGAUAUGGACGGGUCGCAAUAUUUCAUAAUGAAUAAAAUGGGGCUACAGAGGGUAUACUCGGGGGAACUGAGUACAAUUACUAUGUUGGAGGUAUUAUUGAUGCCAGUUAUGGCUGGUGGUGUUCUUGGUGGAUUGUAUUAUUGUAUUAAAAAAGGAAUAAGCAUUGAAAAGUUGUUGAAUUUGUAUAUCUUAAUAAUGCUUCCUGUGUGUUGUUUUAUUAGCUUGGAGAAGUUGAUAAGUAUGGGAAUCAGGCGCGUGAGCCAUUUUUGGAGUGGUUGCGACUCAAGAUGGUUGUUUAGUCGGUACCGUUGUGUUUUUGUUGAGGAUGUGGAUUGCUUCCCGCUUGGGCAAUUGGAAGAUACCAAUGAAGAAGAAGAAGAAGAAGAAGAAGAAGAAAAGGAAAUGGAUAAAGAUGAAAAUGAAAAGUUCAUCAAAUACUUGGACUCAGAAAACAUUGCUAUUCUCAAGCCAACAGAGGUCAAAACAAAUAAAUACACAAUUGAUUGGAUAUUGGAUACAAAGUUUCUAGUUAUUAUCCCGCUAACGAUAUUGAUCUCCUUUGGUUAUUAUUACAACAAUCAGAAUAGGCAAUGGAGUAAUAUAGCAGCAUUCAUGUUUAUUAUAACCUCAUUUCAACAAUCCAAGCUUUCGAACUUCAAGACAGGCCAUAUUAUGCUCAUUGGUUUAUUCAUUUAUGAUAUUUAUUUUGUUUUCGGCACCAAGAUUAUGAUCACUGUUGCUACUCAAAUUGAUGCACCAAUAAAAUUGUAUAUUCCCAAGAUUUAUCAAUUGGGUGAUCAUAGCAUAUUAGGUUUGGGAGAUAUUGUUAUACCUGGUGCAUUUAUUGGUUUAUGCUUGAGAUAUGAUAUGAACAGGUAUUAUGAUAGAACUAGGGAACCUUUCCAUCAUUUGACACUGUAUAGUAAGCCGUAUUUUAUUACCAGUUUGAUUAGUUACUCGUUUGGGUUGAUCCUGACUAUGACUGCUUUGGUUGUUUAUAACCAUGGACAGCCAGCAUUGCUUUACAUUGUUCCUUUUUUACUUGGUGGUGUGAAUAUUUUGGCAUUGAUAAGAGGAGAAUGGAAAGAAUUGUGGGGAUUUGAGGAUAGCUUAGUGCCAUUUGAUAAAGGGAAAGACAUGAAGAAAAAGGAAAAGAAGAAAGAUGAGGAAAAGGAGGAAGAGGAAGAGGAAGAGGAGGACGAUGAUUAUAUACCAGAAGAGAUUGACGAAGAGUUGGAUUCUUUUAUUGCUAUGGUGGAGAAAAAAAGAGGAGAAGAAGGUUGGAUUGAAACUGAUAUUGAUGGCGAUGAUUUGUAUGAUGAGGAUGAGGAUGAUACUUUUGUAAUUACUGUAACAGGACGAGAAGAGUAUGAAGAGGACGAAGAAGAAGAAGAAGAAGAAGAAGAAGAAGAAGAAGAAGAAGAGGAGGAGGAGGAGGAGGAGGAGGAGGAGGAAAAUUCAAAACCCGGAUAUUUCAUAUUUGGUAAACAAAAGGAGGAUUUUUCAACAGUACGGAAACUCAUAUACCUACCUAUCAAAAAUAAGGGUCAGGAAAACCAAAAGCAAGACUUAGUCUUGGAAUGCCAGUUGGUAACAUAUAUAAGCAACGGCAUACUGAUAUCAUUAAUCUACGAUUCUUGUGAAGUUGAAAAAUUGGACUCCUUAGAGUUUUAUGAGCUGCUAGAGUCGUCUAUAUUACAGCCACUAGUUGAAGAAGUGGGCAAUUCCGUAAUGAGUGAUAGCACUAUCAGCACAAAUAACCUUUCACUUAGUUAUGGCUCUAUUAGAACAUCGAGUCUUCGACAUCCCGGUUCAGCCACAGCAAAUAUAGAUCGCGAUUUCUUCUAUAUCAUCUACGAUUUGCAUCAGAAUAGCUAUCAAACCUCAUUCCCAUACUUGCCAUCAACAAAAACAGAAAAUGAAGCGAUAUAUCUCAUACAUGACCAAUUGAUCAAAAUAUUCAUGCCUUUGUUAGAGAACAACAGUGACUGCAAGGUCAAUGUCAAUGAGUUUUUCCACAAGUUCACUACUAGCUAUAGAAACGACUGGAUGGUGUACUUUGUGAAAUGUGGGCACAAGCUAAUUUUGGUAAUUAAAAAUAAGAACAAGAACAAGAACAAGAUUGGUAAAUUUACUAGUGGAGGAACGACCAGUGUCCCACACGUUGGUGUUGAAAGGUCAGUAUUAGACCAAUUGACUGGAGUUGUUUCAGAGUAUGCUGGUGGUCUCGGAUUCUUGGAGAAUUUGGGAGACGAUGUAAAGUAUUGGCUUGGAUUAGUUGUAGAAGCUGAACAAGAGUAA